UGAACCUCGUUUCUCACCGACUUCCGUUGCUUCCGUUUUAUGGCACGUGUUUGAUUCUCGUGGUUUUCAGGCGCAAUGCGGGAACCAUCGUGUUUUGUGUCGGAUAGUGAGUAAGUUGAUGUGAAUGGUAUGAUGUCAUCUGCAUCCUAAUCAUGCACUGUAACACUAUGCUCGAUGAGGUAGAGCACUUUGCUCUGGACGUGAGGUUAGACAUAGUUCUCUCCAAACCGAAAGAGACAUCAGGCGAGAACAGUGACCACGACCUCCUCUGGUUUUUAGUGGAGAGCAUCGUAGCCGGCAAAAGCGACGACAUAUUUACAGAUCCCCGCGUGAAAGAAAUUCUUUCGUGCUCAUCUUCAACGAAUGUUUUCGAUGAUAUCAGGGAACGUGUGUGUUCGUAUGUCAAGUGCGGUGAUCGUUGCCGACAUGUUAUUGCUCUGCUGAUUGGUAUAUCGACGCUUAAGCUCUUCAUAAGAAGCAACUGGACCGGCCCAGCUUUGAAGGAUCGUGUUGAGGAGCAACUCUUCGCGAAUGUUGAAAAUGAGAGCGAAUUUUUCGACUGUUGCGUCAAAGCGUUGGAGGUUGGUGGUGAACCGGCUUAUCACCUGGUCAGCAACCCGGCGUUACUCGUCCUAGCCAAUAUUCUUCUAGUGGAAGCACGCGCAUUCAGUUCAGCGCAAACGGCAUCCUUGUGGGCUUGCAGGUGCGCGUACAUUCACCAAUUAGUUUUACUUGAACGUUGUUCUGGCCUGUACUGUUUAAUAAAAGAAAACCUGGAAUGGCUGGAAACGCAGAAAUUCUUCCAAGAAGGUCCGGCAACAGGAAUGCAGUUUCUAAUGGAGGCAGCCAUGUACCAUCUUCACUACUUCGAAGUGACCAAAGCACAGUCAUACCUCGACAGAGCAAAGCAGCUCUGCCACGCCGAGUUUGAACUUACAGGCGCUCUCGGGAAGCGAACCUACCACCAGCAGACGUCACUUCCGCAGCUCAUUCUGAGCACCCGGCGUUGUGGUGACGUUAUCGGUUCAUCAACUGAGCAGCAUUGCCCACUUCGUGAACUCCCGAAAGAUGUUACGCUGAAAGACGACACCAUUAUGAACGAGAUAAAGUUCAGUGAUGAACUGCCCGUGGAAUGCACCUUGACUGCCGAGGAACAGUGUCUGAUCUUGGCGAUGUGCAUGUUCAAGAAAAGCAUCGGUUCGCCCGAACCCCUUCGGGACGAAGAAAUGACGGCUUACAUUGCCAAGAUAACGAGCGAUCCAAAAGUUUGGUCCGUGCACUUCAGCGCCCUCUUUCACAGGUCGAGAUUAGAAAGCAAGAACAGUCGAAGAGUGGAGAGGGCAAUGUCUCAGUUGCAGUGCCUAGUGGAUGCCGUCAAAAGCGAAGUCCCCACUGCGGAGCAGCGACAGCGCUUGUUUUUCUGCACGGCGCUCCCAGCAACGUGGAACGUGGAGAAAGAGCUCGGCCAUCUCUUCUUCACUCUCGGAGCCACCAAGAGUGCGCUCGACCUGUUCCUCAAGUACGAGCUGUGGGAAGAAGUCGUGGUGUGUUACAUCCAGGUCGGACGUCGUGACCGUGCCGAAGCCGUCGUUCGAGAACGCCUCCAGGUGGAGGAAACCGCGUUGCUGUAUUGCCUUCUCGGCGAUGCGACUGAUGAACCUGCGCACUACCUCAAAGCUUGGGAAGCAUCCGGCGAGAAGAGCGCACGCGCACAACGAUCGCUCGGAAUGCAUUACUAUCGCAAGAAAGAAUACGAACGAGCGAUACCGCACCUCGAAAAAUCGCUGGAGAUCAACAGCUUGCAGAUGGCUGCGUGGUUUUCACUCGGUUAUGCGGCGUUACAGGCUCAGAACUUCGAGCUCUCGGUGAAGGCGUACAAGAGGGUUGUCAACAUUGAUCCCGAUAACUACGAGGCUUGGAACAACAUGGCGAACGCUUACAUUCGUAUGGGAGAUAAACAGAAGGCGUGGAAGGUUCUUAAGGAGUCACUAAAGUGCAACUACGAAGACUGGCGUGUGUGGGAGAACUAUCUUCUAGUCUCUGUCGACGUUGGUGCCUUCGAAGAGUGCAUUCAUGCGUGGCACAGGAUGAUUGACAUUAAAGGGAAGCACGCCGAUUCGAAAGUGGCGCGCAUUCUCGUCAGGGCCGUGUUGGAAGACGUUGUGGGCAUGACGGGAAGCUCCGCGCGGAGCUUGAGGAAGAAACUGUCGGAGCUCUUCAGCAGGGUGACUUCCGGAAUCACGAACGACGCCGACAUGUGGCAUUGCUACGGUGCGCUCUACGCGAUUCCCGACAAGGAUGGGGUCAAGGAGGAAGACGUUGAAAAGAUGUUACAAUACUAUCAGAAGUCUCAUCGCUGCCUCACGCACAAGCCCAAGUGGGAAAGGGACCUUGAAUCGUGUUGCGAGGUGCUAGAAAAGUCCAGGGAGAUUGUUGAAGCCUGUGUAAGCGGGACCAAAGAUAUGGCGGAUGCAACAAAAAGACAGCAGCUGUUGUCGACUGUGAGGAUAACGAUACGCGGAACGCUGUCCGUGGUGAAGGCAUUCGAAAGAAACUAUGUACCAGAUCAGAUGGAACAAAUUGGGCCUCUCGUAGAACUUGUUGAUGCGAAGCUCGAUGAACUUGCGCUGAUGCUGGCAUAGAUGUUGUGUGUCAGACGUUUGCGAGCUAAACGUGAAGGUUGAAAUAUCCGUUCAGGCGCUUUACUAUAAAGUCGGUGCCACGAAUAUAAUGUUUUUGCUCACAGAUUUGCAGUAUAGUGCCGUCUCCAUUCAAAUUUUCACAGACAUAUGUGGAUGCCAUCUCGAUUACAGCACACUUCAACCAUGUGUGUAUAUGCAGCAGAGAGAUUCUGUAAUCAGGUAGAUAAGGUGAUAAAUGCAAGCUCAUUGUUUGUUAUUUUGCUUUGUGGACCUGGUCUCCUUCGGCCUCCCGUGUUGCGUUGGGAAAGCACACUGUCAAGCUCGGGCUCACUUAUGCGUAGCUCAACCAAUGGUGUCAACUGGGAAAAGGAAGCUUAAAGUUUAAGCACAAACUAGGACCUAAACUGAAGGUAUGCGAAAGCUGUCACAUACCUUCUUGUCAUGUUUAGAGUCACUCUGCAAAGUAUUUCAAUAGAUGAUUUCAGGAAGGCCCACUGCUCUCUGCGUGUGCAUUGCAUCCUGGGAGAUUGUUGUCAUGAGGAAGGAAGAACAGUUCUCCAUGCUUCGUUUUCAAUGACCUUGACACCUCAUGGCCUAUUGCCCAAGAGAGGAGAAACCGAAAGAGUUUGGAGACCUUUUCCUCCUUUCUUCUAACCAAGUUCCCAUAGUUCAUAGUGGUGCUAAGCCCUCUGGAAGUUUCUGAUGUUGUCUGUUAGGGACAAGACUUGUGGAUUACGUUCUACAGUAUCUUAAAACACUGCUCAGUCACCUUUAUCUCGGCUUUAUACCCUUCGGUAGAUGGGACAUACCCCUGACCUUGACACACUUGAGUCGUGCGUACUCUUGUGGCACUACAGCAUACUAAAAUUAGUACUGUUAAAAAUUAUGGUCACUGAUAAUGAUUCUGGUAGCAUGUAACUUUGUGUGUGACUUGAAAAUACAUUAUGGAUAGGACUUACAUGUACAAGUUACAGCUGUUGAUUAUGAGAACAAAUAUAUUCAUGUUUCCAGCCCAA